AUGACGUCCGUUGACGACGAAGACAUUUUUCGUGUUUUCGCCGACCGAGUUUUCACCGCCAGACUGUUCAGCGUCGGCAUCUCCCUCGCGAGUCUCGUCCCCGCUGCAGUUAAGCCCCGGUUUUGCGAACCCUUUGACACGCUGUACGUGUGUUCGAUGCCAAACAUUCAUGUGCAGUUUUGUUCGUCACGUGAUUUGGUCAUCGAGUCGUCCGAGUUAGCCGACGGGCAAACAAGGGUACACUUCGCGAGUUUGCAGCUACAUUCGGACGUACCCGAAGACCUCCGCUGUGAUGAAACCGAACCCGCAGUACAAGAGGCCGCGGCUGAACGGCCUAAGACAAUAUGGAAAAGGACGAAGCGUUUCCUCAGACGCGUGUUUUGUUGCGCCUAA